AUGAUUGUUGCAGUUCCGUAUCUGAAAAAUCCACUAAUGACUGUUUCUAACGAUCAGAUGGGCCACGCCGAGUUACGCGUGAAACCCCAGAAGCCGAAUCGUCUUAGUGGAGAUCCUAAUUGUGAAGAAAAGAAAGAAAGUGCACGGGGAAGGGAAUUAGUGCUAGCUUACCACAAUCAUUCCGAGGCGCUAUACCUCCAGACAUUCACUCAGGCGGUCUGGACAGAAACUGACAACAAGAAGGCCACUGACAUCGGUUGGCAGCCAUAUCUUAUAGUGUUUCCAAACAGGCGCAGUAGGGAUCACGCGUCAAGGGUUGGGCAAUUAUUUGCUUACGCCACUCUGGAUUGGGCAUGGAAAACAGUGCUCUCUUCGGCCAACGAUGGUUCGGCAUACUCAACACAUGUCCCAACCAACGCAGCUUCUGGUGCUGGACGCAUUCUUCAAUGGAAGUAG